ACUGUACGUAUAGUUCCUAAUUCCCGUUAGAUUUUCAACUGCGUCAUCCGUAGUGGUACUGUAGUGUAUAAUUGUUUUAAUUGGCAUCAUUGAUACAAAACACAAUGUUGAAGUACGGUAUUGUGUAUACAGUGUUUGCUGUCGCGGUUGUAACCGUUGCAGCUGAUUGCCCGGCCGGAUUCAUCCUGAAUCUGAACUCGUGUUAUAAACUCUUCAACAACACUUUCACCUGGCCCGAGUCUAUAUCGUUUUGCAACGCUUUCAACACGAACCUGGUCACAAUAGAAGACGAUACGGAGCUGGCGUUUUUAAUGACAAAGGCUGCUGAGGUAGGAGGAGCGGGAUUUUGGACAGGGGGCUCGGACGCUCUGGAACAGGACCAAUGGAUAUGGACAGAAACAGGGGAGAUACUGACUCUGACCGGUAAAUGGGCCCCCGGGGAACCUGACCGAACCGCCGGUAAAGAUUGCCUUGGAUUGUGGGGUGAUCAUGGAUACCUUCUAGGCGCAUGGGCAUGCAAUUCCUUGUUACAACCAAUUUGUGAGGUUAGUAUUGAGGGAACGGAAGUGAUUGGCUAGAACAAUGACAUUCUAAUGGAAAACAAUAAAACACUUACAGAAGCCACGUCGUUGAAUAUCUUUGUUGCAUCGUUUUCACAAUAAAUUGAUUUAGUAUAAACUUUA